AUGAGCACGAAAGAAGCCGCCAAUGUUGGAGAUGUCCACCUAGCAGAAUCUGCAGGUGUCAAUAAUGCAGGACAUAACCAAACACAAGACGUGGCUCGCUGCCAUGCGGCUGUGCCCCACCCUUGUAACCGGGAAUGUGUUAAAGGUGAGAAACCAAGGACGUGUGAAUACAACUUUACCGUCGAGUGGUACCUCACACUCUCAAAGGCAUGUCACGACUGUCCGUUCAACGUGUUCGACUGCUCACGACCGCACUGUGUCGCUGCGGACGGACUCAUGCGACCAUUGAUCACCGUCAACCGACAGAUGCCAGGUCCGGCCAUAGAGGUUUGUGAGAAUGAUCGCGUGGUUGUCUGGGUUACCAACCACUUGGAUGAUGGGGAGACAACCAGUAUACACUGGCACGGUAUCCACCAGGUGGGGACACCAUACGCGGACGGAGUUGGCCACGUCACACAGUGUCCUAUCGGACUGAAGGAAAAAUUUAAGUAUGACUUCAUAGCAUCUCCAGCCGGGACCCACUGGUACCACUCUCACACGGGCGUACAGUUGGCAGACGGUGUUAAUGGAGCCUUUGUGGUCCGCCAGCCUCAAGACAUCGACCCAAACCGAGCUCUGUACGACCAUGACCUUUCUGAACAUGUCAUCGUGGUCAACGAUUGGCCGACCGAGUUCAACACCGCGAUGUCUCUUUACUUGCAUCUUAUGCACGACAUUUACAACAGCAAGGUUUUUUCCGGACUCAUUAACGGAAAGAGACGACACUUCAACGUGUCGACUAGAAACAUCAUCGAAAGUAAUCUGACGCAUGCGCAAACACCUCUGGAGAUAUUUAAGGUGGAGACAGGCCACCGUUAUCGUUUUCGUUUCAUAGGCGCCAUGGGAAUAUGUCCCUUCAUGGUUUCAUUCGAGAAACACAGACUGACAGUCAUAGCCACGGAUGGUGCUCCCGUCAAGCCAAGAGUUGUGGAUUCAUUUAUCGUGCAUCCGGGUGAACGCUAUGACUUGGUGCUGAAUGCUGACCAGUCUGUUGGUAAUUACUGGUUGAAGGCGGUGGGUCUCAGGGAUUGCAUUAAACACGGUGUGACCGUGAACGCCAUUCUUCGCUACAAGGGAGCCCAGGAUGAGGAUCCCUCGGGAGAUCCAGACUACGUCCACGAGUCUGGCAUUAUGCUCAACCCUUUAAUAAUGGACUGGAAGCCAGCAACGAAAAAUGAAGUGUAUGGUUACAACCACACAUGGCUAAAUGUUGAUGAGUUAAGACAUGCCGGGCAAACCAACAACUACACAGACGAGAAGGUGGAUGUCAAGUUAUAUUUAGGUAUGGAUUACAGCAACAACGACAACACCAUCUUCAAUAACAAGGAACUCUAUCCAGUCCUUUCAUUACCCAGCAUGAAGGCGCAUUUCACACCCACGUUGAACAAUAUCACGUUUGAUUUGCCACCAAUACCGAUCCUGUCUCAACCCGAGGACGUGGACCAGUCGUGGUUCUGUAACCGGUCUACGAUCGCCGACUCCGACACGUGUUUCACUGAUCUCUGUCUCUGUACGCACGUGCUGCACGUGCCUCUACAUGCUGUAGUAGAGCUGAUCUUGUUCAACAUUGGAACUUACUUCAAGGGUUCAGGCCAUCCUAUGCACAUCCAUGGUUUCAACUUUAGGGUUCUCGGUAAAGCAAAGGUUAGUGAAAUCCUCCCUAGAGAUGUGGUGACAAAGAUGGAUGACGAGGGAAAAUUACCUCGUAACUUGAUUGACCCUCCAGUUAAAGACACCAUUCACAUUGCCGACGGUGGAUACGCCAUUAUUAGGUUCAAGGCCGAUAAUCCAGGGUUAUGGCUUUAUCACUGCCAAACUGACGGUCACGUGAUGACGGUUAGUGAUAAAGGUGGGGGAUUACUCGGACUUCCCUCCAGUACCGGACCCGUUUCCACGGUGUGGAGGUUAUGGCUUCAGCAACGCCAGGAAAAGAUGCGAUCCCCAGAAACCUACGAACGGAAUGCAGCCCACGUCUGCUCCGGGAACAAUGUUAUCAAUAGCAGUUUUCUCCCUUUGUUUGCUUCUUAUUUGUUGAUCUUACUUUUUUUCCAAAACCGGUGAAAAUUGUUUAUAUUGUUUCUGUAAGGAGUAAUAACAUGUAUUCCUAUAAAAACUAACAAAAAUA